AUGCCCGCCCCCGAGAUACCAAACCUUCUAAAUUCUCUCCGCAGCGCACGAGGGGGCCGUGGUCGAGGUAGAGGGCGAGGAGGUCACGCCUCAUCAGCUGUUACUCACGAUGCUACCAUCCAAGGCACUGAUACUGAUGCUUCAGUGUCGAGGCUGAGCGCUGUUGAUCUGGGGUAUCUUUAUGAUCCGUAUGCCCAGUACUUUGUGCAGAGUGGCGAUGGACCAGUGGCGAGACGACUCCCUAUAAUCAAUCGAGACACUCUUAUCGAGUCGUUUCUAGACGGCGAUCAAGACAGUGAACAGGGCGCAGGACCGAAACAGGUUAUAUCUUUGGGGGCUGGUACUGAUACAAGACCUUUUCGACUGUUCUUUUCAGAGUCGCGUCCUGGUUUGGUCUAUCAUGAGCUUGACUUUGAGGUUGUCACCUCAAAGAAAUUACGGACUGUACAAGCUACCCCCAAGUUGAGAAAUAUCUUGAAAGAUGCUACUCAGUUGACAGAACAUUCCUGGUCAGCUAAACCCACUGGGUGCGAAUAUUACUGCCACGCUCAAGACCUGAGAGGUUUUUCUCAAGCCAAAACACCAAAAGAGGAAGAUGGCACAGAAACAACGACGAACGAAAUCUCUCUCCCUGGCCUACGGACCGAUAUCCCUACGCUGCUUCUCUCAGAGUGCUGUCUCUGCUAUCUCACCACCACCGAAGCCUCAGAUGUGAUCAACUUCUUCAGCUCACGGAUACCAAACCUCGGCACAAUCAUCUACGAACCAAUCCGGCCAGACGACGCCUUUGGCAAGAUGAUGGUGUCGAACCUAGCAGCGCGCCGCAUCCAAAUGCCCACUCUUCAGAUGUACCAGACACCGGAAGACCAACGGGUGAGGAUGAGCAAAGCUGGGUUUGAAAAGGUCUAUCAUAUGACGAUUGAGGAUAUCUGGCAGAAUUGGGUGUCGGCGGAUGAGAAGCGGCGUGUCGAUUCGCUGGAGGGGUUGGAUGAGGUUGAGGAGUGGAAGCUGUUGGCGGCGCAUUACAUCGUUGUUUGGGCUUCCAAGGGGGAGGGGUUUGAAAGCUGGAACAGUGUAAGAGGUUGUGCUUGA